AUGAGUGAAGGCCACUUCAUAGCGUUUUUGCUGUUAUUUCUUGCUGUUUGCUGCUUAGGUAGGUAAAAGGAGCUUGUAAAGGGAUUGCGUUAAGACGUAUGAUGUCAGAUUAAAUCUGAUUUGGAAUGCUAAGUUCGCCAAAUGCCCCUGAUACGUUGGCGCCCAAAACCGAUCGUUUUUUCUCCACAACAACACAUUUUCUAAGUUUGUAUCUAGUAUUUCUCAAAUCAAGACAUUUACACCAACACUUUGAUGAUUUUAGGUAAACAUAAAUGCCACAUGGAGUUCUGUUUGCCUUUUCUGGUUACUGAAAUGGGAAAUUUAGUCUUCAGCAGUGGUCUGUUUGGGUUCGAGUAGGAGAGUCAACUGUCCGUGACACCCCUUGGAAAUGACCUAGAACGCAUUUGUUUAUAUGUAUUACGAUCGAUAGCAUCUUCUUAUUCAAUUCUGACGUUCCUCCUUCAUGCAAAAUAAAGAUAGCCUUUAAUUAAAGAAUCACUAAGAAGAGUUUUGUAUCGUUCUAAGCAGUUAGAGGCAUGUGUUUUCUUGCAAAGUGUUCACAGGGAUUCCGAGGUUCUGGUACAAGUGUUGUGACGAACUCCGUCGACGUGUAUUUAUUCACUUACCGAAAAUCGAUCUUGUAAAUUGCGGCUUUUUUGAUGUAUUGAUGUAUCACAUUCAUUUCCGAUGAAAAAACACAUUCUAGCUUUUCUCCUUUUGGUUUUUUAAAACAGUAUGAAAAUAUUCUUCUAUGGGAAGAACUUGACUAGUUUUCGUGCUGUUCAGAUAAAACCGUUUAAAUUCUCCUAUGGUUUUAGGGUUAUUGGUAAUGUAUUCUGUAAAGUCUAUAAUAUUUACAUCACGUACGAUUCUUUAUUACGAUUUUAAUGAAACUACAACCUUCAGCUUUUUUUUCCGCUAGAGUGUUCAUUGAAACGGCAUUUCGAGAUUUGUUUGUUCGUCCUUAAUGAUUUCUGGGGUUCGAUCCGUAUUAAAACAAAGCUUUUGUGAUUUUUUGUGUACAUUAUCCCGUACAAUUUUCUGCCAUAUAGCCACGCAACCAGUUGUUUUGAAUAAAGUCAUGUAGAAGCUCUCUCAUUCCAUGUCGAGUGUCGCUGAAGUAAAGUCACGUAUCAUUUGUUAAUCAGAGUGGUUUGUCGAGAAACUAUCCCGUCUACCGCAACGCAAUUGUCUGUAAAACUAUAUUGAUUUUUUGCACUAUUGAGAGAUCACAAUUUAUAUAGAAGUUGAUUUGCUGUACAUGUGUACUGCUGACAAUGCCUUUGAUCCGAAAAGAUAAUACUAGUCGUUGCGGCUCUGAGCACUUUAAAAUGAAGGUAUCUCGUGUCAAAUCCUGAUCUCGUGUGUCGCUCUUUUGAAAACAAUAUCAAGUAAAUGAAUUAAAUGGGAAAACAAAAAUUGCCUUUCUUGUUUUGCUUGUGUCUGAAGCUCUCCAAAAGCUUUACUAAAUGCUUUAUUGCAGUUAACAGCAAACAUAGGGUUAAGUUAUUCAUAGGUGCUGUUUGGGAGAUUACUGGGUCACAUUUCUUGACCUCUUCUUGUGUUUUGUCUUGUUCUUAGCUAAGAUAUAAAGUAUACUUUUUAUUUAUGUACACCUUUACAACUGGGAAAGGCAUAAACAAAUUAUAGGACAAUAUAGAGUCAGUGAGUGACAGUUGCAAUAGUAUAUUAUGUUAGCAGAGGCAAUCUCUCUUCCCUGACAACCGAACAAGCUAGAGUGGAAGGCCUGCAGUGUGUCCAAGUCCUGUACUUUUGUAUCACCCAAAAUACUUGUUAUUCAUUCAGCAGAAAAAGCAAGUCAUGUUCAGGCAACCACGUGAGAGACACGAGGGGAAACAUAAGCUUGAGAGUUGCUUGAGAGUUUUAGGUCACCCUCAUCAAAAUCAACCUUGUUUGUGAACUCAAUCUGACCAAAUGCUGCAUUAUAGCUUAGUGGGUUCACCAGUGGUCACCCUACCCUUAUGUUGCUCCAAUUAGAUGUUCUUGAAACUGUAACUAAUAUCAUGGGUGCAUGUCACAAUUCUGUUGUAUUGAUUGGUAUUUGUUUGAUAAAUUGAAGUCCGGCAGCUAAUGUUAAAAGACUUCACAACUAAAAAACUGGCCUUGUUAUGUUAAAGGAAGUUGAAUACCAGAGGUUUGUAUUCUGCUCUGCUCUUCACAUCUUAGAGUUCAAUGUUUUUUGUAUGCCAUUUGAGAGUCUAGGUCUGCAUUCAGUAGUUAAACCUUUUCAUUUCAAGAGCAAGUAAUAUUGUGCUAUUCUUACUCAUGAGUAGAGAAAUAAUAAUAAUAUUGUUAUUGUGCCGUGAUGUGGCAGAACCUGCGUGUUAAAAAAAUUAAUAUUAUGGUAUUUUUCAAUUCCCAGAAGUAGCAAACUCAAAGCUCAUCAAAACAAAUUUCAUUUUAUAAAAGAUGAAAAAUAAAUAGUGCUAUGUGAAAGUAAUGCCAAGAGGGUUUGGUUGAAUGGUCACUAGGGGAUUUUAUACUCAGUAAAUAUCGACCUUACAAGAUUCUUAUCAUUCACUCUGGCAUUGAAAGGGUUAGAAUAAUUUUUACUGUAGGGGAUAUAAAUUUGUUUUUGGCAAUUCAUUUUGAAAAAAUCAGAAUCGGAGAACCCCACAACAAUUCAUUGCCUUACAUUUAACUCCUGGGCCCAGUUGUUCAAAAGCUGAUUAGCGCUAACCCAGGGUUAAAUUUUAAUCCGGGUGUCUUUUUCUUUUGUUCAAAAGUAUUUUCUCAAAUCAUUUUCUCUAUUCUUUUUAGAGUAUCCAGUCAUCAAAUUGUAGACGAAAAGAAUGAAACUGAAUUUGCUUUUUAUGCUUUGAUAUCUGAAUUCAAAUUUCACAUCAACACUGAGUUCUCUAAACACAGCUUUGAACAACGCGGCCCUGAUGGCUAGGCUUUAACUUCUUAUAUGUCAUUCAGUUGUAAACAAAACGUAACAUUUUUGUUAUCACCUCUUGAAUACAGCUCAGAAACCAACACAGUAUCUUAAGGACUGGUUUGAGAUUGACUUGAGAUAUGGGGUGAAACAAUGGGUUGAGUUUGUGUAGCUUCUCAAAUGAACCAGAACUGUUCAAGAAAUUCAAAAGUAAAGUAUGGAUAAGAUCUAAAAUUCUAACCUCCUUUUUGGUAGUGAGUUAUUUAUACUUCAUUCUUGUAAACUUAAGUUGAUCUACCAAUGAUUUUGAAAAGUAAAACAGAAUGAUGGAGUUUUGAGCUUUUUAAAAAGUACUGUUUUUAAAGAACCUAUCGCAGCUUUUGUUUCCCCUCCUACUCUGUGACCUACAAUGCUUGUUGAGUGUGACUGCAUCCCCAGAAAACAGCUGUUCUGACCACAAACUCUACCAUUUUGAUAAAAAAAGAUAAAACUUUACUUUUGUCUUCAUUUACGAGAACCCUUUAGACAGAAUAUUUGAAUUUAAGCAAACUUAAAUUCCUCAUCUCAAAAAUAGAGCAUGAUCUUUAUGGUGGAUUGCUUUCUACCACUGCAUUACAUGUACCUCUUUAUUUAAUGGCGGCCUUGGCUUUCUCUUGUAUUUUCUGUGGUUGUUGUGAUAAUAAUAUUUUACGCAUGCUUAAGUGCAAAACGUUUUGAGUGGCUUAGUUACUGUUUUUUUUGAGGUGAAAAACUUUAGUUAUCAGUGGUUUGAUGCAAUGGUGCAUUUUUAUGCUCAAGUUUUCUAAUUUUUACUUCCUCGACACAUAGUUUUGUUACAGAGAAGAAAUAGUACUGCCAAAGCUUUUGUCUGAAUGCAAAAAAAAGACAACAAUCCCAGAUACAAAUACUUGAGCAUGUGGACCCAUAAAAAAAUAAACUCUCCAUUAGCAAUAGUUCAACUUCCCGUAAGCUUUACAUUAAAUAUAUUUGUGCUAUUGUUGGUAGCUUACUACCGUCACGCAGUCUUCUGUCUUUUAAAUGCCUUGAGAGUGAAACUACUGCAAUUAUGGAGAGUCUAAAUGAACAACUGGUCAAGGUUUUCAAAUCACUAAUUUCAGGGAUGGUUCUUCUCUAGCUUUACCUCUAUGGGUAGAUAAAUUAAACUGUAUUCAUGGUUAGGAGUUUGUAUUAAACAGAACCUUGCCCCGGCUGUUGGCCAUUUAGCAAGAGUGUAGUAAUUAACCUAAAAUGUUCCUAAUUCAUACAUCAUUAAAUUCACGCUAGCCACUAGUAACAUUGUAUCUACAGUACAAUCUUACGAAUGUCAUAAUUUUCAACAAGGGGAGUUAAAUGGCAUUACCAAUUUUGUCUGUAUAUAUAUGGCAAACCUUUGACUCCAAACUCAUAGAAUCAUAAAGCCAAUUUUGUUAAAUGCCAUGAAUCUAUUUUUUGAAGUAUUUUGAUAGUUUCAUGGUGGGCCAUCCUUACCAAACAGCUCAUCAAACAGGGUUUGCACAGUCUUGGAAAGUCUUUGAAUGUUAGGGGAAGUCAUUGAAUAGUCCUUAAAUUCCAUUUUCCUUGAAAAGUCCUUAAAUUGUCUGUGCGAGUCCUUGAAAAGUCCUUAAAUUUUCUUCAACUUUAAAUGUAGCGGCCUGGAAAGUUUUUUUUAAUGCUUUUUGGUUGUCAAAGACAGAAGUUAAUGGUGAUUUGCAUUAAGUGUUUUUUUGUUUUAUGCAAUAGUUAACUAUCAAUAUUAUUUGAGACAAGUGAACUGAAAAAUGUAGGGAAGUUGGUGGAGCUAACAGUUCAAGCCUUAAAAAGUCCUGUUAGAAUGAACUGGGAAUGUGCAUUUUUGUACAAUCUGUGAAAUUACAUUCCUGGUAGGUGGUCCUUGAAAAUCAAAUGUGGUCUUUGGAAAGUCCUUAAAAAGUCCCAAAAAAAUGGGUACAAUUUUUUGUAUGAACCCUGUUAAAGCAAUAGUAUCAUUGGAAACCACGGCUCCCUUUUUAAGUUUCUUGUUAGUUUCCAUGUAUUGGCAAAUCUAUCAGCUUUGUUCCAGCUUUAAGUUAAUCCCGAUAGCAUCGCCAUCUUGGAUAUCAGUUCAAAACAUACAUUUCUUAAUAAGGGACGGUUCAUUAUUUAUGGGAGUGACCGGGUCGGGAAAAAACCGAACGGGCUUUGAAAAUUUUUCUUGCCGUGGCGACGGGCUUUGUGUUUUUUUCUUGAACAAAGAGACCGGGCUUUAAAAAAAAAUGAACAUAAACUAAAACUGUGGUAAAAUGCGGCAGUCGUUUGAUGAGAACAACAUAUGGAAACUGUAUUCGUCGUUGAAAAUUCACCCGGUAAAUUGUCAUACUUUCAUAUCAAAUAAAUAUUGCUACAAUAUUUUUGGUAAUGCAGAGAUAUACCCGCAAGAAAAAGCUCGCGCUUUGCGAUCAAACCCUCUAGAAUUUUAAUUUGACAGGCCACGGAAUGACACAAAUGUACUUUGUGAGCUGCUGUUUUAUAGUUGUUUAUAUUCCUUGACAUUUCAGAGCUUGUAAUCAAAUUAGAAUUUCAAAUGAUGCAUGGACAAGGAUUUUAAUCAAAGUGAACUCCAACGGUUGGAAUAUUAAAUCUUUGGACUCCGCCAGACUGUACACAAGAAAACAAGAUGUUUUGAUCGAGGAUCUCAAGUUGCAACUCCUAGUGAAUUGAAAAUACUUUUUCUGCACGCACCACAGUGCCGUGGAGUCUGCCAGCCAAGUUCCGUUGAUUUCAUGCAAAAAUAGGUUUACAUUCUUAUCUGUCUCGGAAAUAAACUUUUAUUAUUUAAAAAUUUUUGUAUCUUGUAAAUGUGACAAGCUGUGACAUUAUAAAGCUGUUCCUUUCAUACUUAAAAAACAACUGAGCAGUCCGCAUAGUCUUUGAUGCCUAGCGUCUUGUGUUAAUUUUCACUGAUCGAACAAUGAUAAAGCUAAUCAGAAUCUUCGUCUGAAGCAUGGGAAGCGGAAGUAUAUCCUUUAAAAGUUUUUACUUUCUCACGAAUGAUUUCGAGUCGUUCAUCGAUCUUGACCGCGUCUUCGGCAAAAAAACCUUCCUUCCUUAAAAAAAGGAGGGAGUUAUAAUGCGAACGCGGUUGCAAGUCAUUUAAUACGAACGGUUAUAUAUCCGUGUUCAAAGAUAUAUUUAGGACUUUUUCACUUAUUUGGCAAACAAUGAAAUGCCUCAAGCUGGAUGUCAUUUGUUAACGUGCACUUUUCACAGAUGUUAAUAAAUUAUUGUUUGUAAUCGCUGAACUCGUUUGAUAGCCGUUUGCUGACUCGAACGGCGAACAGUUGUGUAUUUGAUCCGAACAUGCACUAGUUGCUCUAGUCAUAAAUAAACAUUGAAUGAUUUUCACAAGGUACUCACUUCAAUUUGAACGGAUUUUGAGAAAUUUGACCCCAAAUACUGAACGGGCUACGAAAAAACAAAAUGCCUUUUGGGCGGGCUUUAGAAAAAAAGAGGAAAGCUGUUAUUUUUUUCCCGACCCGGUCAUCCUCAUAAAUAAUGAACCAUCCCUAAUUAGCAGUCAAGGUUUUGGCCUGUUCUCAAGUAUCAGUUGACCCCUCUUGUCUAGACCACUGGGAUUACAUGUAUGUGUCAGUCUUAUUUUUACAUUUACAUUGUAAAUCUAUGGACAAAAAUCUCCGGUGUUACCAUUCAGAUGAAGCCUCUUCAACAGGACUUUUACGUAGUCAAGGCUGCUGCCUGACAGGAGCCCGGUCACCAGAGGUGCCUAUGAUUUACCCUCGGGCAACCAAAAUUUCAAACAGGGAGCCCGAAUGGGUGCCUUAAACUUAUGAUUUUCAGUAUAACUUCCAGUGAACAAACAACAAAAUUCCCUGCUCAUUUGGCACUUUUGAAACGAUAAUGGAAAACGUUUGAUCGUCAGCCAGAGGCAAAAAAAUAUUUUCGCUGAUAAAAGGUAAACAAACAAGCGCUAUGUCUUGAAAUUCACUUCUGUGACUUCCGCUGCUGAGCAGUUGAAGUUUCUCAUCUGAAAAUGGCGUCAAAGGAAUGUAAUAGUCUUCGAAAAACCUUUGAUAAUAAAAUCAUGUUUUUCCCUUCAACAUUACAAACAUUAGGUCACUACCACAUGAAGUAAAAUCAGAUAAAAUGUCACAAUCGUUAUAAUGGGAAAUUAACCCCAAUCAGGGUUGUCACUAAGAUUUCAAGUUGCCGGGUAAACACAACAAGUAGGCGGGGAAUCAAACGGCUAGGGAUUUCUUUUGGUUCUAUUUUUCUUCUAUUUUCCAAAAAAAGUAGCCAGGGGCCACUCUCUUAGUAGCCGGGGAAAAUCCCCGGCCCCCGGCUCUUAAUGACAACCCUGCCCAAUAAAAUGGAGAGUCUUUAAUAGCAAAUUCUCUGGCAGUGUUUUUCUUCUUUUAUCUGUUUCCUAGAGUGCUUGCCAUUUACACAAACCACCCAGGCACAAAUCUUGUAUUUGAACAUAAAACUAUAAAAUUUGGCUUGGUGGGGAAACAACCCACUGCAUUGUAUAUGCAGAUCAGCUGAACAGGCUUAAAGGGGUGGAAAUAUUGAUUCUUCUCAAAUUGCAGCCCAUAUUAUUUUUCCAAAGCUUCCCAAGCGGAAUGGCAUGAACCCUUUGAUUUUCCUUCCAGAAUUUCCCUGUUAAUGGUAAAUACCCCUAAUCUCACAUUUGUUUCUGCAUUUACUUUUUCUAUUUCUUUCAGGAGAAUCCCCUCCUAAUGGCCAUCCUACUCCUCUGUCCUGUCAAGUGUAUGAACUGAUUGAUGGACUACCCUGUACUUCGCCUGGAUCCUGUGUUAAUAAUGAUACUAGUUGUACAAACCAAGGUCAAUUCUGUUAUUCCAUAUGGAUGAAUAUGAGUGGUGUUGUCUCUGUUUUAUCACAGGGUUGCCAGGAACAAAAUGAUAAUUGUCUAAACCAAACUUGUACACAUCAUGGAGCACCUAAGAUACGACAUAGAAAAGGCAAGGACGUAAAAUAUUAUAAAUGUUGCUGCAAAACAGACUUCUGUAAUCGGCAGUUCAGUCUUUCAACCAUUGUGCCUCGAAAUGCAACGCCUUCUCCUGAAACAAGUAAGUUGGAAUCUAGUAGAUUUCAGAAUUCUAUAUACCAUAAAAUUCUGUAAAUAAGGCUUAUAUUUUUCAAAAGCUCUUUUUGAGGGGCUUAUUUUUGGAAGGGCUUAUAUUCGGAGGGGCUUAUCUAUGGAGGGAAAUUUGCGUUUCAAACUCGAUUGGGCUAGCCUUAUAGUUGGAAGUAAAUUUACCGUUUUCACAUUGUUUUACUUUGUAUUUGAGGGCAAUUUUCGAAGUACAAGCCCCCGGGGGACUUAUAUUUGGAGGGGCGAUUUAAUAGAGGGUUUUUUGCGUUACCUGUUUGGGGGGCUUAUUUAUGGAGGGGCCUAAUUUCAGAAUUUUACAGUAUUCUCUCAGCUAACAAAUUACAAUGUGGAUAAAAGUUACAGUGGAGGAAGUCUGGAGGAUAUCAACUAAAAACCCAACUGGAUGGAAAUAGCCUCUGUUGCAAAAAUCAAUGGCAGAGCUAUAUGAAAAAUCAUCAUAUAUGAGAUAACCAUUUUACUGUGAAACUCACAAAACCGUGAACACCAGAAAUAUUCAUGGAGUGUUAUUGUGUUGAGAAGAGCAAGCCAAUAAGUUGUGAGAAACCUAAACCACAAACAGCAACAGUAGUUACCGGUAGUUUGUGGUUUGCUCGCAUGUCCUGAACUUCAUUGUGAUUGGUCACUACACAAUCAACAUUCCUGAAAUUUUUCAGCCUCUCACGGUUUUCUGAGUUUGACAGUAAUCAUAGUCAGGCUAAAAAAGUGAAACAAAAAAUUAAAAGCAGCGGUAAAGAAAAAAAUAAAUGAAUAUUUAUGAUAAGAUGAAUCCUUUCAGCUUAUAGGAAAAGGAGGUGAUACUUGUUGGCUUGCAUUAUGAAUUUCUAAACAUAAGAGAGUUAAAGAAUUUAUAACCUUGGAAACUGGUAGAGAGCUUUCUUAUGUUAGUCCAGCGAUGGGGUAAAUAAAGGAGCUCCGAUCUACCAGUGACACAAGAAUGCACCUGUUGUGUCACUAAAAGCAUAUUAUUGAAGUAAUCAGGAAGGAAGCUGGAUUUCUAUUGAUAAAUUAAUUUUACUAUUUCAAGUUGGUAUAGAUAUUGUCAAGUGUCAGAAUUCCUAUUAUAUAUUAUGGUUCUCACAUGGGGUUCUUUUUUUGUUCCUCGUUCCAAAGCAACAAGAGGUGGUACCACCUUGACAACGAGUCCUCCACCACCAGGCACCAAAGACAAGACUAUACAGACUUUCUUGUACUUGCUUCCAGUAUUUGCAUUCGCAGUGGUCUUGGUAGUUGGAUUUUUCAUUUAUCGCAGGCAUAAGACAACGUUUCCAUCUCGAAUUUUUGAAGAGGAGCCUCUCAACUCUAUUCCACCACCUUCUCCAGAUCUUGGUGCUAGGCCGAUUCAGUUACGCGAGGUUAUUUCUCAAGGCCAGUUUGGCAGAGUAUGGAAAGCAGACUAUUUACAAGAUACUGUCGCGGUAAAAGUUUUCUCAUCGUCCCACAAAGCAGCGUGGGCCUGUGAAAAGGAGUUUUACAGUUCUUGCAACAUGAAACAUGAAAAUAUUCUCAACUACAUCGCAGCUGAGAAACACUCAGAUGGGCAGUUUGUGGAAUAUUGGUUAAUAACAGAGUACCAUGAGAGUGGUUCACUUGCUGAUUAUCUGAAGGGCCAUGUUAUUAGCUGGGCUGAGCUAUGCAGCAUGGCAGGGAGCAUGGCCAGUGGUCUUGCCUACCUUCAUGGUGAGAUACCUGGAGCUUUUUUUAAGCCCUGCAUUGCUCAUAGAGAUUUUAAAAGUAAAAAUGUACUUGUCAAAAAGGACCUUACCUGUUGUCUCUCUGAUUUUGGACUGGCAAUCAAGUUUGAGAUGGGAGAGGACCCUGGGGAGACACAUGGUCAGGUGAGUAAACUCUGCAGAACAUAGAGUAGCCUGCAUGGUAGGCAUUCAAAAGGGAAGGGGAAGAGAAUUGAGGGCGCGAGACCGCGCAGGAGGGAGGAGGGGAAUGCCUGCAAGCAAGCCAUUGUUUUUGCCAUCCAGCCUACUUAUUAAGAAAUAACAAAAAUAACACAACUGUGAAUGACUAACUGUCAAAUAAGUCUGGCAACGAUGCACAUAUUCUGGUCGUAUUUCUCGCACUGUUUUUCUUUUGUUUUCCUAAAACAAGAAAUCUAAAGUGUAGGUACUAUAAAAGAAAGUUCAAAUGUGGUUGUCUAUUGAAGGAAUCUUCUUUGAAAGUUGCAACGACUCAUGCCGAGUUACAUAAAAUCCAGCAUAAUUGUAUUCAGGCCCGUAACCAGGAUUUUAUGUGGGGGGGGGGUGCUAACGAGGCCAAAGUGGACCAAACUACCGAAAUGUAUUUUUUAUUUUCUGAUUCGUUUAUUUAGGAAAGUAGCAAUACAUGAGAAAUUGUAACGGCAAAGUAUACACGGUAGGAACUGAAUAUUACAUUUGUCGAAUAUUGUCAUGGCAUCAGGAAAUGACGAUAAGAGACCAAGAGAAACAUAAAAUGUAUUUUCCCUCUUUGUGUCUCGAAAACUUUUAUUUUGAUUGUUUGGGAUGCCUGUGGAUUGCUGCUUUAGAUUAACCCUCCCAGUCCCUCUCCGAAUUGGCACUGGCUUUUUAUUAAGCGAGUUUGUUUCAUAUCGAGGAACAGCCACUAAACCUCAGAGCAUAAUAAUGGGAUCAAGACUGGUGGACAUUGCGAAAAGUAUGAUUUACCCUCAUCUCGCUGUAAAACUGUAGUCAACUGAGAAAGAUCUGCAGUUGUGGUUUCAGCUGGGCUAUCGUCGCCGACUGCACUGUUAUUGUCAGCGUCUGAUGGCUCUUGACGGGGUACUUUACUGACCCAUGUAUUGAGAGACUGGGAAGAUUUAGCUGCAGCCUUCCUCUUUCUAUUUUCCUAUUCUCUCCUACCCGUAACGUUUUACACAAAAAAACUAAUUUUGCAUCUUCGGGCGUUCAUGCGCUCGUACAAAUAGAGAAUACUACCCGACGCGUUAUCUGGUUAGCGGACGUGUCUGACAAAAACGUGAGAUCGCUUCCGCUUUUGUCACUGGCUCGCUCGUCGUAAACUCCCGUGAAAAGCGUCGCCACGUUAAUUUCAUUAUUCAUUUAGAUAAGCUCGGACAUCUGUGCGCUCAUUGAAAUAUUCUGAAUAGCUCGGGCUACUAAAGUGGAGCUGGUUUUAUUUUCCCAGUGAAUACACUACUGCUUUUUCCAGUCUUUGAUUUUGUGUAAAUAUCACUGUUAAGUUUGAAACUUCAGUUUAACCGACUGCACUCCUGAACUUGGAUAUUGAGUAUCAAAAUGCGGACCUUUGGGGCCUGUUGGGGGGGGGGGUGCGAACGCACCCUGUGCACCCCCCCUGGUUACGGGCCUGGUAUUCAAGUUGUUGCGGAAGGAAUCGGGCUGGAAGACUAUUUAAUAAGAAAGGUAGCGGCUCUUUGCAACUUUCAAUGCAAUGGUUGUCUAAGAAAAAUUAAAACAAUUUGCCGUCAGUCUUUGAAUUUCUAUCAGGACGAAUUCGAUCCUGCAGAGCACACAAAAGAACGCUGGUAGCAGGGAAAGAAGAGCUGAACUUCGAAGAUCUGCAAGAAGACAGCAAUUAAUUAUUACAGUAAGUUCGUGGCGGUUUUAUAACCAGCAAGAAGAAGUCCUCAACCAAAAAUCGCUAAGAGUUAUAGAUCGCUUCAUCUUCAACAAUCUUGCCGUUGAUAACGCAGGUCAAAUAGCAGAUAACAAGCACACAGGCAGCAUGAUUUUUCCUUUCUUUCUUCUAGUGAGUAAAACCGACAAGCCGUUGGGAGAUGAUACUUUUCAAAACCAGUCAGUAAAACUCAUCUGCUGACGGGCCUUUUCCUUCAUAUGGUUCUUUAACUGCUUUUUUCUAUUCUCCUUUCAAGCUGAAAUUGAUGCCUUCUAACGAUGAAUUCCCGUAGGGAAAUGUCAUCACGCUUCACUAUUAAGCUAGGGUAUCUAAAAGAUAGUAAUGCUGCGGCACAUUCUGUUGAUACUGGCAUUAGUUAGGCAGUGGGACUUGAAAGAAUCAAAAAUGACAUUGAAUGUCCUAUUUACAUGUUGGAAAGUACUAGAAUGAUUACUAUCAGUCUAUAUAAAGAACUCAUGGAAACGUUGUUUAAAAAAUGAUCAAGUGGUUAUUAUAAUAACUCUGGUUUUCCCACAGUAAGUUGUAGGAAAUGAUAGAAAUUCAGAUUGUUUAUCCAUAUAUUUAUAUAGGAUGUACUAUCUUUUCUCUGGAAACAUGAUACUUUUCUUGCUGUUUAUUGCACUUUAUUAAGUAACAGUUAUUUAGCUAUAUAUUUAUAGAAAACAACAACACAAAAAACAGAAAAAAAAGAAAGGAGGAAAAAAAGAGUUCAGUAGGAUUCGAACCCGGCACCAUCGGCUCGACGCAACUACACCUCACCACUACACCACAGAGACUGAUUACGUAAUUAGGGGAAACUUCCGCCGGCAAGAUGAUCGCCAGCCACAUUAAUCAAGCUAUUAACAGCAAAAAACAAUGUAAACGCAUAUUCCAUAGCAAUGAAUGAAUGAAAGAACAUAAUUAUGCUUUUCAAAACGCCGAUACACGUCCUCAUCUGCAACGUAGGACACAAAACAUUUCCACUGUUAUUUUGAAGCGAAUGGUCAAAAUCACAUCCAUUUUCGGCUCAUACACGUUCUUAAGAAUAGCAUGGCACGACAUUUUCUCACUUUCACAUCACCUUCUAGCAAGCUGGAAUUUGCGCCCAAAUCCCCCUUCCCCUUCUCCUUUCAAUGCCUGCCACACAGGCUAAUCAUAGAGCACUUACUGUUGAAAUUAAGUUGACACUCAAUUCUUCAUCCUCGCAAGAAUCAGAUUUCCAGGGUUUUUUAUUUUUUUGCACUAUUACGAGAGGUUACUAUGUAGGUUACAAUAUAUCACAAAAGCAAGUAAGUGGCUCUCUGUUUUUGAGAAUUGCUACGAGAAGGUACAGUCUUUGUUCAAGUUUUAAGUAUCAUCUUGCAUGUACCUCUCUCAUAUUAGAAAAAAAACAUUCACUCUUUAAAAAACUUUUCGCAAACACCUGAACAGAUUAUACAUACUCAAGAUGUAGUUGAAGCUCUGGUAAGCCACCAGGUUGGAAAUUCAAGCUGGUCACUUAAGACAAUGAGCUCUCAUAAGUGACUGCUUGGUAAAACAAUAGAGGGUGGUCGAUUAUGAAAGCUUCAAAAAUCUAUUAAUAAUUCAGAUUAAUGUUUAAUGAGUGUCUUUCUAUCUGAAACCGACAUGGCUAAUCUUUACGUCUGAGUAGUCGCUACAGAAAUUACCUUGAACUUUUACAAGUACCAAACUGCUUUGUACAAGUUCUUUUAUCAAGGAACCAUUAGUGCAGGGUCAAGUUUCAUUAAAGUGGUAAUUAACAUCAACAAGACUCUGAGACUCUGGUCACCUAUGAGACUUUAAAAGCAAAGGAAAAUUCAUGUUGGGUAAUAUAUCCAAAAAGUGUUUGCUGUUACUUUUGGAAGCCCUCACUUCUGAGAGCUUUUCAUUACAAAGUUUAAGUUACAGUUCAAACGGGGUUUCACAAAGGUGACCAUAACUAGAGCUGGUUGCUUACAAGAGUGGUCGAAAGGAGAUCUUCUACUGUAGUAGUUGACAGUUCUUCAGGAAAAUUUGCAUUCAUUCAAAUGGCUCGACUGAUAUGUUAUGCAUUUUGCAUCCUGAAAAUAGCAGGAGUUGUCAGUUUCACUAGUUGAACUUGAACUGUAAUCCAUUUAAUUCUUGACUCGCAACAGACCAUCAGCUUGCUUUUGAAUGGUACUUUAUAUUUUAUAAGAUAAUCAAUAUUCAUUUAUCAAGUUACAGAAAAUCUGAUAGGUUUACCUCCUUUUUAGGCUCAGCCUCGCCCUCCCCUUAAAAGCCAUUAUAGGGAGUACCCCCCUGCCCCCCCCCCCCCUUACUGUGAAUUUGCUAUAGGUACCGUAAACACCCGCUAAUAAGAACCUGUGGAUUAAGAACCCUCUGGCAGAAUUUUGCCACUAAAAUACCCCAAAAUAAAAGAACCUGUUUAGCCAAGCAAGAUCAAGCAGGUUCUUUUAUCGGGUUAUUAUGAUAAACAAUAUACAUUGCAACCAAGGAGUGCAACUUUGAGCUGUACAAGUGAAUUUAAGUUUAACAAGAACAUACUGUACAAAACUGUAUGUAAAUUCAGUAAUCAGUUUUGUUAGGAUCAUAAUAAUAAAAUUGUGAAUAAAUAAAAAGUUUACUUAUUUUUCUGGUAAUCACCAAUCUGUUAUCUCCUUCAUAGAGAUUAAGAACCAACUAUGAUGUAAUGUUUAUUGUAAUGUAGGUUGGUACGAGACGUUACAUGGCUCCUGAAGUUCUUGAAGGGGCCAUUAAUUUUACAAGAGAAGCCUUUUUGCAUAUUGAUAUGUAUGCGCUUGCCCUUGUUCUUUGGGAGUUAGCGUCGAGAUGCACUGCUGUUGAUGGUAAGCUUGAACACCCGUAAGAGUAAAAUCAUGAUCUUAGCAUGACUCAAAAAGUAUUGAAAGAUUUUUAAAAAAAUAAGUCAUAAUAAAGCUAAAAUUAUUCUGAAAAAAGUGAUGGUGGCUGAAGAGGGAAGGAGUUAUUAUAAUAAUAACCCUUUAAGACCAAAAAUCCACACUCAAAUUCUCCAGUCUGGUGUGCAUACAUUUCCUUAAACAGGGCUGUCAUCAAAGGUGGGGGAGGGGGCAAGGAUUUCCUGUGGCUUCUUUGAAUAAAAACCCCAGCUACUUCAAUAGCAAAAAUAGAACCGAAGGAAAUCCCUAGCUACCAACUUGUUGUAUUUACCCGGCCACCUGAGAACUUAGUGACAGCCCUGCUUAAUGAUGUGUGGAGAGAAUUUGAUAAUUUCUCCAAGGAGGUCAGUUUAUCAACUCUCAUAACCGUUACUCUUGAUAUGUAUUGGGUAUUUUUAAGAGAAAAUUGAUGUUGAUCACUGUUGGGAUUUACUGGGUUAACACAUAAGAAUCAUGGAUUAUACAUGUAGGUGCUUAGCAGCUAAAGAGUUUUCCAAAUUUCGGUCAGGACACAAAGUUUGAUUAUCAAAUGUGUGAUAAAUUAGGGAAAAAAAUUACUGCAGGGGUAAAAUUGAAUUGACCAGUCUGGAAAAUACCAUAACAUACUAUAAUUCUCUUUUUGUCACCCCAAAAUUUUGCCUAAGCAUUGUUUUCCAUUUCUCUUUGGGCCAUUUUAACUCCCAAGAGAAACUGAAGACAAUGCUUAAGCAAAAUUUUGGGGUGACAAACAAAGAGCAUUAUGGUAUGUUACAGUAUUUUCUGAAGUGGUCAGUUAUGUUUGUAGAACUUCUUGAACCUACUCUUGUACAUCUUUUAAAAAGGUUAAGAUGGAAUCCAUCAGGAAAUUGAGUAAUUUUAAUUUUCAGUGGACAAAAACCUUAUACCAGAAUAAUUUAAAGCAUAUUGCAUUCUUUUUCACUGUUUUCAAGGGUUAUGGAUGUAAUAAGUAAGUUAUCUGUAAUAACAUGGCAGAAAAUUUUUUAUGGGAGCCCAAGAAAAAAAAAAUUCAAAUUUCAUUAAAAGAACUCUUAUGUAUGAAGUUUUACCUGUGUUUUCACAGUCCCUGUGAAAUUUGAAUUUUAUUUUCUCUGGCUCCCAUGGGAAAUUGCCUUUAAUAUUAUUACGGACAACUUAUUAUAUCUAUUAGUAUAGCUCUUGAAAAGUGUAUAAAAGAAUGCGAUAUGGUUUAAAUUAUUCUGGUACAAGCUUUUUGUCCACUGAAAACUAAAAUUGCUCUAUUUCCUGAUGUAUGUUGUCUUAAAUCAAGACUGUUUCUCCCAGGUCCUGUAGGUGAUUAUAGAAUGCCAUUUGAAGAAGAAGUAGGAUCCCAUCUGUCUUUAGAGGAUAUGCAACAAGCUGUUGUCCACAAGAAAAUGCGCCCCAAGUUUAGAGCUGACUGGUUUCAUCACAAUGUAAGAUAAUAUUAAUUAUUGUCACCCUCUAUGAAUCAGGGUUGUCACUAAGAUUUCAAGUUGCCGGGUAAAUACAACAAGAAGGCGGGGGAUCAAACAGCUAGGGAUUUCGUUUGGUUCUAUUUUUCUUCUAUUUUCUAAUAAAAGUAGCCGGGGGCCACUCUCUUAGUAGCCGGGGAAAAUCCCCGGCCCCCGGCUCUUAAUGACAACCCUGAUGAAUACAGGAAUACACCAGCUUGCCUGAAUUGCAGGAUAUUGCAUCUGUUGUCUGUUGUCCAAAGCACACUGAGGGGUUAGCUAAAAAUUUGGUUGAUAGUCAAUUCCUUUUUUUGUUUUUUUAACUCCAUCAUUCCCAAAACUAGGCAAGUCAAAAUCAAGACAAAAAUUCCAAGUUUUAUUUUAUUAUAAGAAUCUGAAUAAAAUAAUAUCAGAGGGUACUGCUCGGGAGCUUUCAUUUGAAGAGUGGCACCACUGGAUUUCGUGGACAGAAGCAAGAGAUCAAGACUCCUACCAUUCACGAGCUGGGAAUGAUAGGAGUACAGCUGUGGUAGUCCAAAGCUCUGGUUCAGCCAAAACUCUAGUUAAGAAUCAAUUUUCUCUUUUCUUUUUUUAACUGUUUCCAUCUUCAAGAAGUGGCAAAAGUCAGACAAAAAUUCCAAGUUUUAUUUUGUAAGGUUACACCACUUGGUUUCAUGCACAGAUGAAACAGAUAGAGACACCUUUCAACAAGACCCCUAUCGUUCACUCUGGGGAUGUUAGAUUUAGAGGAGCUGUGUCACGAAAUUCAGCCCCAUUAGGAAAUUACAAAAUGCCCGUUAAAUUAAGAGGAACAUAAAAAUAAAUGCUUAAAACUUUAAAGGAAGGUUAAAAUAACAUAACAGAAACAACAGAUGCCACGGAUGGGCAAAACUGAAGAAGAUUGAAAUGGAUUGAAAUGAGGGUUUUUGAAAACUGUUCAGUCUAACAGUUUUUUUUUUAUCCCUGCUGCUUGCGACUUCAAAAAUAAUGCUCAGGAGACAUAUUUGUUUGUCUUGAAUCUCUGAUUUUGUCAUUUACAUGUAGUCUCUUUGCUUACUUGAAGUUCCAUACCGAUUGAGGGCGAGUAAUUAGCAAAAUUAAACAAAAUGAACUGGACUGCUGUGAUACAGCCCCUUUAAGGGUAACAAGGCUCUUAUGGCCAACUUGUAAUGAUAACUUACAUGUACUGAGUUGUUGUGUCAACCCCAGGGGUUCUUACCAUUUACGUAGGAAAACUGAAAAAUCUAGUUGGAAAAUGGUUCAUGCCAUUCCUUUUGCUAAGUAUCAGAAAAUAUGGCCUGUGAUUUACGACAAUGCAAUAUUAAUUUUCUGUUUUUUUGAGUCUGUUUAGCUAGUUUGAAUUGGAUAUACUUUGUGGUGGAUCGUUCUUCCGCUACAUCAAAUUCUAUAGUUUUAUGUUUAUACACAAGAUUUCCACUCAGGUGCAUGGUUUGUGUAAAUGGUAAGCUCCCCAAGCUACCAAAGAGCACUUUGGUUGACCCACCCUCUUCCUUUGGCACCGCUUGGAGUAAUAAUAUUACGUGCAUGAGCAAGUUCAAAGUAACAAAACUUGCUCUAAUCAAAGAUCAUUCUGAACACAGGGAAUGGCUAGUUUUCUUCAAACUAUUGAAGAGUGUUGGGAUCAAGAUGCAGAGGCAAGGCUGUCAGCGCCGUGUGUUGCAGAACGAGUGUCUCAGUUCCAAACAAUGACAACUUCUGGACUGGAACACCCUCCAGCUGUGACCACAGUAGUGAAUUACACCAACGAUGUUUCUGUUAAGACAUCGUCAAAGGAGUCAACCAUAUAAGAUAUCUGAUUGCUAAAGGAUGAAACUGUUGGUAAUGUACAGUCGGUAUCUGGUAGUCAAACUUUCAUGCGAUGACCCUGCAGGAUAUGCUGCCGUGUAAGGGCUCUGGGAUGAGCCAGCGAAGGACAUUACAGUCAUCUUAUUGAACACUGUGAGACAGGAAGUGAGAAAUGAUUCCCUUAAGUGCACUCGGUUCCUCCUGUACUAUGGCCAGUUAGUCACCAACUUCAUUCUCAUGCUCUCACUUUCGCUCUGGGCAAGAAGAAGGGAGUCCCCAGAAAUGAGCUUGGUAGAUCCCAGCAUCAUCGUGGACUCUGUUAAGUCAGUUUUAUAAGCAGGGAAUUUCCAGAAUUAUCCAACACAAGCUUGAUGCAUUCACAAUGUUGGGUCAAUGUUGUCAUUAUCAUUUUGCUAUCAUGGCUACAAGCACAACCUGCAUUUUAAAACUUUUCUCAUCAUUAUCAUGGUGAACAUCUGCACAACUUCAUAUGAUUUCAACCUUCACCAACAAAGGGUUUAUCUCUCACUGUAACCAUGGUCCUCAUCACUUUCACCUUCAUUCUUAUCAUAGUUGUUGUCACCAUGUCAUAAAGUACUAUGACAGUUAUUGCCAUCAUACAGCCAAAGCCACUGAGUGUCAUAAUCCAUGUAUUGGUAAUAAGUAACAAUAAUUAUCAUGUGAAUCUCUAAAAUAUAUUAUCAAUACACUAUUUAGACUUAUCACUAUGCUUAAAGCCCAAUGGGCCAAGCUCAGUUAUUUGUAUCUAUGAAUUGCAAAUUUUAUUCUUUGUUAUAAUAUUUCAUAAUCAGCUCCUGAACGUCAAAGUAUGGAGAUAAGUGAAAGGCUUUCUAAGCAUUAUUUUAUUGUCAUACUCACAUUUAACUCAUAGUGGCACACUUAUUAGCGUCAGUAUUGACACAAUAUCUUUAAUAAGUGUGAUGACUCAGUGCUUUAUAAUAAUUAAAGCACAGUGUUCAUUGGGUGGGAUUGCAUGCUACAUUUUUUCCCAAAUAAGGUGUAACCGAUCUUGUUAAUAUUAAGGCAGCAAAAUGUUUUAAUUAUGACCUACAUGUAAUUUCCAGGUCAAAUAAUCGGGAGGUGAGGUGUGGUGUCACAUAACCAUGGUAGCAAAAUUUCUGGAUCACGACGACAGCGUUGGCAACGAGCAAGGGCAAAAAAGUAAUAGGUUUACAUGUAUAUUAGCAAAACAGCAACUUUGCACGUGCGUCACGCUUUUUUGUACAUUUCUUAGCUCUCGUUGCACGACUGCAACAUGAAACUUGCUAAUUUCACACGCCCGCUUUAUGGAGUUGGUGAACGGAACAUAAAAGUUUUCGUUUAAUUUUCUUUUUCUGAACUUAGAUACGGUCCUUAAGGAUUCAAUCCCGGAAAAUUUCGCCUUUAUUCAGAAAUUAAAUGAAGUUGAUCAAUGAAGUUUGAAACAGUGGGAAUUCACUUUUUAAGUGACGUUUUCAGUUUUGUUGUCAUCCUGAAAUUUUGCUACUAUGGCAACGUGACGUAACGACUUCUCUCUAUAUUCUUCAAAGCCUCUCUCUUUCUGCAGAUAUGCAAAACAGAAAGUAUCACAUCCACGACAAUGAAGAGUUGGGUGCUUAACAAUAUAAGGAGGUGUAAGAAUGUCGCUUUGAGACUGAGGUGGAAUGAAAUGGAGUGUGUGUAAUUUCAUUUUUCUGGGUAACGGACUUAUUCUGUUGGACGAAAAGUAGCCAAAGCCAGGAAAGACGGUGUUGUGAAUGGUAUGAUCACCAAAUGACUUACAUGUAUACAAAGCAUUUCACAGCAAGCAUUCGAAAGGGAAGGGAAAGGGAAUUUGGGCGCAAAACCGCUCGUGAGGGCGAAGGGAGGAAGAGAUGAAGCGCCUUUCGUGAUUCUCACGCGCGCGGAAGGCGGAAUCCCCUUUCCAAGUUAAACACCUGUCAUGCAGGCUACUUAGCCAUAACUACAACACAAGGUUGGGUAGCUAACCAACAGUGGCUUCUACGGCACCAAGAAACACAUUGAAAUAAUCCUUUGGUACUCAGCUUGUUUUCCUAUUAAGAAUGCCACCGGUAGUGAAUUAGGAAUUAAGAAAAACCAUGGGCGCAAAUUAUCUUCUUGUACGCUGACACUCUUUUGUCUAUUGGUUCACGUACUUUGUUACAGCGGUUUUCACUUGACUGUCGAAAGGGAUUGGUUUUGGUUUUGGUUUUACUACGCCCUUUGGUUGGCUAGUGUAUUUACUUUGGUUUUGGUUUUACGACAGUCAAGUGAAAACCGCUCUAUCUUGCACUGAAAUUCAAGUAUUGAUGUCUUCACUAAUGCACUUGUUUGAAUCAAACAUGCCCCAGUAAGUAAAUGAAACUCAGCUAUUAGUAUAUAAUGAAUGUCAGAGCGACAUGCAAUAUUCUUCAAGGUAUAUUUAUAUGCUUGAUUAUGUUAAGAUGCUCUAACUGGUAACACAGGGAGAUCAUCUUUAGGACACCUGUUCUUCAAAGGGUUAACUGCAAAUCAAAUGCUUUGUAAUAACACCCAUCCAACAAAUUUUCCGCCGAAAAAUAACCAAGGAUAUUUAAAUUCUCUGUCCACUUGUUGUCAUUAUCAGGACAAACUCUGCUGCUGUAAUGUAUUUUUUGUGAUAACCAUGAUAUACUGUCGUAAAAAAUAAUUUUAUCUAGAAGGAAGGUAUUUCCUUUUUUUAAGAUGUACUCGAAUCAAUAAUCAUUGUACUGGAGCACUAACAAGGGCAAUCUCUUAUAUCUGUAAAUAGUUCCAUUAUUUUUACGACACAUUUAUCACUGCUGUCAUAUCUUUAUUUACGAACGUAAAGUUCAUUCGUACUCCAGUAAACUCUUUUAUCUGUAAAUAGAGUUGUUUGUCGCUCGCGUGUAGCGUAAGAAUUACCUUCUCAUAUCAUUAUAAAAA